AUGGUUAGCAUCGGAAUCGCGUUAAUCCCGUACUUCAAGACAGAGGCCGUGAGGUUUGCCUACGGAAACGAGACUUACUAUGACUGCCGAGAGAUGUGGGACGAGGAGGCGGGCAAACACUACACCCUUUUCAUAUUCAUCGUCACAUUCGCGCUGCCCAUCUCUGUACUCACUUUCGUCUAUACAUCCAUUUGUUGGUAUAUUUUACGCCAUAAUACGCCGGGAAAUCCGGACCGAGUCCGCGACCUGGCUCAGUGGAAGCUCAAGAUUAAGGUGGUGAAGAUGUUGAUCACAAUCGUCAUACUGUUUGCGGUGUGUUGGCUGCCGAUCCACAUCUUCAACAUAAUCGUGUGGUUCUUCCCGCCGAACAUCAAUAACUCGCGGACUCUAUACAUGACUUAUGUUUUCAGUUACUUCUUCUCGCACUUCCUAUCGAUGAGCCACUCGUUCAUCAAUCCAUUCGUUUACGGUUUUAUGAGCGAAAACUUUAAGACGAAAAAGGUGGUUAGAGUUGAGUCUGAGAAGGCUAUUGACGAGAAUGCGGUACAAACCUCGGCUCACGGACACUGA